AGUAUUUCUGCACAAUUUAAUCAGUGGUUCUUCGAAGAUGUUGAGACUCCUUGUACUUUCAGCUCUUGUCCUUUCUGGACAUUGUGCUGAUGACCUCCAGUAUUUGGGGAACAGCAAUACCCGUGUGGUAGGAGGAACUGAUGUUUUCAGAAAUUCAUGGCCUUGGCAGAUAUCUCUCCAGUUUUAUUUAAAUGGUGAAUGGCUUCACUCGUGCGGAGGUUCCUUGAUUCGAGAAAACCGUGUGUUGACCGCUGCUCACUGUGUAGACAGAGGUGGAUCCUACCGUGUGGUUCUUGGAGAGCAUGACCGCACAGUAUAUGAAGGAACUGAGCAAAUCAUCUCUGUAUCCAAGGUUGUGCUACACGCUAAGUGGAACCCUGCCGAUGUAGUAGCUGGGUAUGAUAUUGCAAUCCUUCAUCUAGCCUCCAACGCCAUCCUGGACAGCACCGUACAGCUGGCAAAGCUGCCCAGUGAAGGAGACGUCACUAACACUAAUGAAUGCAUUAUAACUGGAUGGGGCAGAUUGAGCACCGGGGGACCCUUGGCCAUCAUUCUCCAGCAGGCCAGUUUGCCUAUAGUAGACUACCCAACAUGCAACAGCAGCUCUUAUUGGAAUAAUGUACUCAACUCCUCGAUGUUGUGUGCUGGUGGUGAUGGAAUUCAUGACGCAUGCAAUUCAGAUUCAGGUGGACCCCUCAACUGUGUCGUCAAUGGAGUUUACGAAGUUCAUGGUGUAACUAGCUUUGGAUCGUCUUCAGGUUGCAACACAUAUCUCAAACCUACUAUCUUCACCAGAGUUUCUACUUUUAUUUCCUGGAUCAAUGCUAAUCUCUAAACCAGUUGCAGCUGAAAUUCUGUUAAGAAACACUAUUGACACAUUGAUGUUGUGAAUUUUUAACAAUGCAGAUGGAAUUCUUUUUUUUUUUUUUUGCAACCCACAUUCUAAUAAAGAUUAUUCUUGAAUGAU